CCGACGGAUGCAUUCAUUUUCUGUUCUAUACCCCGACUACAUCCUGAUCCUCACAUGAGAACAACAUCACAAUUAAAAAGGCGAUGAGUCAGUGUGUUCCCAGUUGGGAUCUCGAUGACAAUCCGGCUCCGGCUGCCGCCCGUUACUCCAUCCGUUCUAACUCCAACUCCACUGCUCCUGAUGUUACCAUGGUAGACUAUGAAGUUGCGGAGUUAACAUGGGAAAAUGGGCAAAUUGCCAUGCAUGGCUUAGGUCCGCCGCGAGUUGUGGUGAUGAAACCCAUGACUUCCACAUCCAUAUCCAAGUGUACCUGGGAUAAACAACCGCGUGCUAGCGGCACCUUGGAAUCUAUAGUCAACCAAGCCACUCGCUUACUGACGCCGUGCUGCAAGGGUGCUACUACUUCUGAUUGCGUUGUCAACAACGAUGAACAUGUUCCAUGGUUCAACCACCACCGCACUACCUCUGCCUCUGCAUCCACUGCCACCGUGACUAUGGAUGCUUUGGUUCCUUGCUCGAAUUGGUCCGAGGGCCGGACCACAAAAGUAACGAAAUCCGUACCAGCGCUUGUGGGAUGCUCCACUCAUGUAGCUUCUUGCAGCGGGCCAGUAGCCGCAACCCACGAGGAAGUUUUCCUGAGGCAUGCGAGGGAAGCUCCUGUACCCGUGGCAGGGGAGUGGAGCAGCAGAGACCAAAGCGCCAGCGCCAGCGCCACGUUUGGUAGCCAGCAAAUGACCCUGGACACGUACGAAAAGGAUUUAGGUAGGGGUUUCACUUCUACUUCACUCAGUUCACCUGAAAACACAAGCUCUGAAAAGCCAGGCACCAAGACUACCACCGGCGAUGAUCAUGACUCUUCUGAAGACAAUGAGCUUCUGCCACCACAUAAAUCUUCCCUUCAUUAUAGUGUAGGCCCUCUUGCUCUCCAGACUGACAAGGCUUCAAUGCUUGAUGAAGUGAUUGAAUAUCUGAAGCAAUUGCAAGCGCAAGUUCAUGUGAUGAGUAGAAUGAACAUACCAGCGAUGGUGUUGCCAAUAUCAAUGCAACAGCAACUCCAGAUGUCGAUGAUGGCUCCAAUGGGCAUAGGAAUGGGGAUGGGUAUGGGACUAGGUUUCAUGGACAUCAACACCCUCAGCCGCCCGAACAUGGCCGGAAUCUCACCCAUCAUGCCCGCCAAUCCAUUCAUGCCUAUGACUUCCAGUUGGGACAGCUCCGCCACUGGCCGGUUACAACCUUCGCCGGCAUCAGUGGUGCCGGACCCUUUGUCCCCUUUCCUAGCUUGCCAAUCACAGCCAAUGACCCUGGAUGCUUACAGCAGAAUGGCAGCUAUAUAUCAGCAAAUGCAACAACAACAACAACAACAACCGCCGGCUUCUAAUUCUAAGAGUUGAUUGAGCAUCCGCAAAUCCUAAAGUUUUUGUGUUCUCUUUGAAUUUGUAAUAUGGCUUCAAAAAACCGACAGCUUUGAAUGGAAUUGAAACACUCGACUAUGUUCAUGUAUGCUGUGUGUAAAAGUCUAUCAAAGAUUCAAUCCAUUAAUUCUAAACUU